AUGAAAUACAAAAAUUAUAACACGGCCAACAUACUCGAAAACUUUGAUAAAAAAUUAAAUAAGAAUUAUAGAGUUUUUAAUAAUGAGGAAAUUAAAAAAAUGGAUGAAGAGUAUGAACAUAAGGUUAAGAAGAAGGAACAGUUAAAAUUAAAAAAAAAAAUAAAUAAAAAUAAAAAUAAAAAAUUAAAACAAAAUAAAGAUAAUACAAAUAAUACAAAUAAUACAAAUAAUACAAAUGAUAGUGAUUAUAGUAUCAAUAAUAAUGAUGAAAAUAAUAUUAAUCUUAGUCAUGAUAAUAUAAGUGAACACCAUAAUGAUAACGUAAAAAAAAGUGAAGUUAACCAUCUUGUUGUAAGUGAGAAAAAAAAAAAUAUUACAUUUGAAGAUCUAAAUAUAUGCGAAGAAAUAUUAGAAAGUAUAAAAGAAUUAGGAUGGCAAAAGCCAACAGAAAUACAAAGAGAAAUAUUACCUCAUGCAUUUCUUAAAAAAGAUAUUAUAGGAUUAAGUGAAACAGGAAGUGGAAAAACUGCAUGUUUUAUUAUACCCAUAUUACAAGAUUUAAAAGAUAAUAAACAAAGUUUUUAUGCAUUAGUUAUAUCUCCAACAAGAGAAUUAUGUAUACAGAUUUCUCAAAAUUUUCAAGCACUAGGUAUGAAUAUAUUAAUAAAUAUUUGCACUAUAUAUGGUGGUGUAGAUAUUGUUACACAGUCAUUAAAUCUAGCUAAAAAACCUAAUGUUAUUGUUAGUACUCCUGGUAGAAUAUUAGAUCAUUUAAAUAAUACUAAAGGUUUUAACUUAAAGAAUUUAAAAUAUUUAGUUUUUGAUGAAGCUGAUAAAUUAUUAUCACAAGAUUUUGAAUCGUCUAUAAAUAAAUUAUUACUUAUAUUACCAACCAAUCGUAUUACAUUUUUAUUUUCUGCAACUAUGACAAAAAAUGUCUCUAAAUUAAAAAAAGCAUGUCUUAAAAAUCCAGUGAAAAUAGAAGUUUCAAAUAAAUAUAGUACUGUCUCCACAUUAAUAGAAACAUAUAUCUUUCUUCCACUUAAAUAUAAAUAUACAUAUCUUUGUAGUUUAUGUUUUCAUUUCCAAACAAGAAAUAUUAUUAUAUUCACAAAUACAUGUGCAACUGCUCAAAAAUUAAAUUUCUUUUGUAGAAAUCUAGGACUCAAAUCCAUAUGUCUACAUGGAAAAUUAACACAAAAUCAAAGAUUAAGUAGCCUUAAUUCAUUUAAAGUUAAUAAAUAUAAUAUUUUAAUAUCAACACAAGUAGGAGCUAGAGGUCUAGAUCUACAAGAUAUUAAAAUUGUUAUCAAUUUUGAUAUCUGCUCGUGUAAAGAAUAUAUUCAUAGAGUUGGAAGAACAGCAAGAGCUGGAAGAACAGGCAAAUCUAUAACGUUUGUUACACAAUAUGAUGUUGAAAAUUUCUUAGCAAUAGAAAAACAGCUAAAUAAAAAAAUUAAUAAAUUUAAUGACCUUGAUGAAAAUGAUGUUCUUCUAUAUCAUGAACAAACUAUUGAGGCUCUAAGGUUGUCAGAAAUUGAAAUGAAGGAAAAUCAGGAGUUAUACAAAAAAAAUAAAUUUAAAAAAAAAAAAUAA